UUUUGCCCGAAAUGAAAAUUGAAGAAAAUAUGGAACUGCCUGUGAUUCUUGUUACAAGCGGAGUUUUACUGCCAGGCGCAAGCCUUAAAAUACCUAUCAGGUCGAAAUUAAACAUUCAAACAAUUGAGAAGUACCUGACACGUAGUUCCAAUGACAACUACGUAGUAAUAGCCUACAAAGUGUCAACUGAUAAAGUAUACGAAGUCGCUACAAUCGCAUACGUUGAAAAGUUAUUUGGAUGGACGUUCAACUCAACAGUUCACUACUCGCUGGAUGUGAUCGGAUUGCACCGUGCAAAUAUUGACAAGUUGUCUCUUCCGACAUGCAUUGUUUCGAAAGUUGUUGAUUUGAACGAAGCCAUCUCCAAUCAGAAUGCAAUUGAAAAACUUGUUACUGGCGCCAAAAUCAUUGCCUCAAACUCGUUGACCGAUAAAUUUUCACGAGAAAUUUACUCACUAAUCGAUGAAAAGGAAUAUGGAAAGUUGGCAGAUCUCUGUGUCUCGCAAAUGAAAUUCUUGGGAUUCAUGCAAUUAUUAGAGUUUCUUGGUGCAAAUGGAACUGAUGCAAGAGUUGAAAUGUGCAUAAAAUGGAUGAAUGAGAAGAAGGAUGCAAAUACUCUCAAACUAAAAGUGCCAAACUCUUUGGAAGCAAGUUUUCCAGUUGAUGGAAAGAAGAGAAAAAUUCCAAAUGUUAAAAAUCAGGUGGAGCAGUUGGAGGAGAAGCUCAAUGCAAUUGAAUUUUCUGAUGAAGUUUCGGAUCGUGUGUACUCGGAGCUCCAUCGUUUGAAAAGCAUGAACGCCCAACAAAGUGAAUAUAAUAUUUUAAUGAAUUGGUUGGAACUUGUAUCAUCUCUCCCAUGGAACACGUCAACUAUUGAUGAUAUUGAGCUCCACAAAGCUCGAACUAUUCUCACAGAAUCCCAUGAAGCAAUGGAUGAUGUUAAGGAACGAGUUCUUGAACAUUUGGCUGUUUGUAAAAUGAAUAACUCGGUAAAAGGAAUGAUUUUAUGCUUUACCGGACCACCUGGAAUCGGAAAAACUAGUAUCGCAAAGGCAAUCGCUGAGUCGAUGGGAAGGAAGUUUCAGAGAGUCUCCCUCGGCGGGAUUCGCGAUGAAAGUGACAUACGUGGACAUAGGCGUACCUACGUUGCAGCAAUGCCUGGAAGAAUAAUUGAGGCUCUGAAAACCUGUAAAACAAAUAAUCCAGUCUUCUUGUUGGAUGAAGUUGACAAGUUGUAUUCUGGUAAUCAAGGAAGCCCGUCGGCUGCACUUUUAGAGUUAUUGGAUCCAGAACAGAAUUCUACGUUCCAUGAUCAUUAUCUGAAUAUUCCAUUUGAUGUGUCGAAAAUCAUGUUCAUAGCGACAGCGAAUGAUAUUGAUCGUCUGGAACCUGCGUUGAGAGAUCGGUUGGAAAUUAUUGAAAUGAGUGGAUAUUCAUUAAAGGAAAAAGUGAAAAUUUGCGAGAACCACUUGCUGACCCGUCAAUUGACAAAACAUUGCAUUAGCCAUGAUUAUGUGAAAUUGGAGCGACAAGCAAUUGUAGCAAUGAUCGAAGAAUAUACUAUGGAAGCAGGAGUCCGCCAACUUGAACGAAACGUUGGUGCCAUUUGUCGCAACGUGGCUCUUCGUUUGGCAGAAGCUCUCAACUCCGAUCCAGGUGCAGAUGUUCUCCCAGUCAUGGAACUUCCCAUACAAAUAUCAGCAUCCAAUAUUCACAAAAUCUUGAAAAAUAAACAUAUGAAACGAGUGAAAAUUGUGGAGAAAAUGAGGCCAUUACCAGCGGGAGUAUGCUUUGGAUUGAGUGUCACGACGAUUGGAGGAAGGGUUAUGCCAAUUGAAGCAUCAAAAUCCAAAGGAACCGGUAAAAUAGUAACAACUGGGCAUCUUGGAAAAGUGCUAAAAGAGAGCAUACUCGUGGCAAAAGGAUGGUUGAGCGCAAAUUCUGAGCGCCUGGGGCUUGGAACACUGGAAGAUCAAGAUAUUCACGUUCAUCUUCCAGCAGGUGCGGUGAAUAAAGAUGGGCCAUCUGCUGGAACAGGAUUAGCGUGUGCUCUUGUUAGUUUAGCAACGAAUAUUCCACUGAGAAGUGAUGCAGCAGUUACUGGUGAAAUAUCAUUGACGGGUCAUGUGUUACCGAUUGGAGGCGUCAAAGAAAAGGUGUUGGCUGCCCAACGAGAAGGUCUUCGUCGUGUAGUUCUACCAAAAUCCAACGAAGAAGAAUAUUUGAAAAUGGAUGAAGAUAUUCGACUAGAAAUGGAUGUUGUGCUAGCUGAAACCAUUGAAGAUGUCAUUGGAGCAAUGAUGGAUAAAUCACCAGUUCUUGCGAAAUUGUAAAUAAUUUUGAUAAAUCGUUUUUAUAAAU